AUGGAUCCACCCAGCGUACCGUCGUCGCCGCAGGCACCACCGGAGAUAACCCCGCCAGGCAUGAGCCACUCUUUCCGCACGGAGGCCUUCAUUACCCUUGAGAUGGCGCAGGCCGUCACGAUCAAUCGGGAAAAACUCUCGGAAUGGCACCACAAGAUACGCUCAAGGCUCUUUUCGCUGGUCUCGGGGUUUUUUGUUCGUUGCCGUGUGGAGGACUCUACCGACGGCAGGGCGCUUUACAAAGUUGGCCGCAUCAAGACACUGAAGCCGGAUUGGUCCGUUGAACUUGACCUCAUCACGACGGAAGAAAUACUCUCUGGCCGAAGCCACACAAACUACGACUGCAUCAGCAAUGCGAAGAUCACCCCCACGGAGUUUAACAGCUUUAUUUCUAAGGUUCCCCCGGAACUUUUGCCAAACAUAUUUAAUACGGUCUUUAAGAUGGAAGAACGACUAAGGAUGCUGGAGAGUGUCAUAUUGGUGGAACCCGCAUUCCAUGGGAAGCGACGGGAUGACAAGCGCACCCAAGAGGGC